CACCAACCAAUCGCAAUCCAGUAAGCGUUGCCCCGUCAUGCGACACUCACGUUCCCACAAGUCGCGUUAUACAGAAAGCGUUCCAUUUACGAAUAUCGUAAAAACUUCGCGCCUUUUUUUUAUUUCGUGGACAACUUUUUAAAAUCUUCACCCAGGCGUGUGGUUAGAGAUACAGCCAUGCUCUUAUUCGCGGCAGUUGUGGUUUUAGCGAUAGUCGGGUUCCUUGCCCUGACCUUCAUUGCCAUAGAUUCUUUAUGGAGUGUCCUGGAAAUGGUGUCUUCGUAUUUGAUGCCCUAUUUCUUGCCAGCUGAAGUGGAGCCACUGACGAAGAAGUUUGGACCUUGGGCCGCUGUGACCGGUAGCACGGAUGGCAUAGGGAAGCACUAUGCCUUGGAGUUGGCGCGACGCGGAUUCAACGUGGUACUGAUCAGCCGCAACCCGGAUAAACUGCGAGCCGUCGCCACGGAAAUAGAGAAGUUGCACAGUGUCAAGACUAAAACUAUAGUGGCAGACUUCAGUGAGGGCGCACAGAUUUACUCGCACAUCGAGGAGGAACUGAAGGAUAUCCCUCUGGGAGUGCUGGUGAACAACGUAGGUCUGAACUACGAGUACCCGAUGCCGGUGUGCGAGGUGUCGGACGCGCGGACCUGGGAGCUGAUAAACGUGAAUGUGGGCGCGGUAACGGCUAUGAGCCGCCUCGUGCUGCCGGGGAUGGUGGCGCGCGGACGGGGCGCUCUGGUUAAUGUGUCCAGCGGGUCAGAGCUGCAACCUCUGCCGUUGAUGACGAUAUACGCUGCCACUAAGGCGUAUGUGCGCAGCUUUACGUACGCGCUGCGUGAGGAGUACGGUCCGCAGGGAGUGCACGUACAGCACGUGGCGCCACUGUUUGUCUCCACUAAGAUCAACGCUUUCUCGCGCCGCCUCCUCGACGGCGGAGUACUCGUACCCAGUGCUGACACCUACGCGAGACAUGCAGUCGCUGCACUCGGCCGCGUGUCAGCUACCACCGGCUACUGGCUGCACGGCCUGCAGUAUUUCUUCAUCAAAAUCGCCCCGGAAUGGAUCAGGAUAAAGAUAGGUCAUCGGUUAAACGAAAACUUCCGUGAAGAAUACAUGAGAAACAACAAAGUGAAAGCGACCUAAUCCAGCCCUAGAAUAGAGUACAAAAUACAUUAGGAUCACCAAAGUUCGAGGUUGUCCUCCAGAUUAUGUUUGUGAUGGGAAAUGGAAACUAUCUAUAUUCACUACUUAUGUGCUAUUAAUCUGUACUUACCUACAUUUUAACUUUGCAAUACUUAGAUUUAAACAACAAGGAAAACUCGCGGCUCGAAAGUGAGCCGCUGAAAUUGUGGUGCAUGACCACAAUU